UGACAUUGAGGUAACCAAAUUAGUACUGGUAACACAGCUUCUUGUAAUUUCAAUACCUAUAUUUUAACAGUAAGUUUAGAAGAGAAUAGGAACCGGUCGUUGUAAAGAUGGCUCUUUCAGUUUCACUGAAACUUCUAAAUAAUGGAAAGUAUUUUCAUCAUUUUCCAAGAUAUUCUAAGAAUUACAUAUUUCAAGAGGCAAAACGAUGGUGUACAGUAGCUCAUACGCUAAGUGUAAGGCAAAGAAUCGAAGAAAAACGUAAAGAAGCUGUUCUUGGUGGAGGGCAAAAUAGGAUUGAAGGUCAACAUAAGAAGGCAGUAACCAAUGAAGAUGUAACACAAGAAGAACUUGGUGGUGCAAAGACCCACACAACAACAUCAGGAGUUGCUCACAAAGCUUUUGAAAAUGAUGUUCAAGCACUACUACAAUUAAGGAAAUUUUACAACUUUUUGCCAUUAAGCAACACAGAUCCAGCUCCUGUUAGAGAGUGUGAUGAUCCUUGGGACCGUAUGGUUGAUGGCCUGGAGACUGUAGUGCCACUGGAAAGUACUCAGGCUUACAACAUGCUUGAUGUUGUUUUGGGAGUAGUAGAUGAGCGUGACUUCUUUGAGAUCAUGCCCAAUUAUGCCAAAAACAUUAUUGUUGGUUUUGGUCGAAUGAAUGGGCGAACAGUUGGAAUUGUUGGAAAUAAUCCAAAAUCUGCUGCUGGUUGUCUUGAUAUCAAUUCUUCAGUUAAAGGAGCCCGUUUUGUUCGAUUCUGUGAUGCUUUUAAUAUUCCAAUCAUAACAUUUGUUGAUGUUCCAGGAUUUCUUCCAGGAACCUCACAAGAGUAUGGUGGCAUUAUUCGACAUGGCGCCAAGCUUUUAUAUGCUUACUCUGAAGCUACUGUUCCAAAAAUCACAGUUAUCACUCGGAAGGCAUAUGGUGGUGCUUAUGAUGUGAUGAGCUCAAAACAUCUCAGAGGUGACAUUAACUAUGCUUGGCCAACAGCUGAGGUUGCUGUGAUGGGGGCAAAGGGAGCUGUCUCUAUUAUCUAUCGUGGUAAAGAGGAUAUAGAACGUUAUGCUCAGGAAUAUAUGGAAACAUUUGGAAAUCCUUUCCCUGCAGCCAUAAGAGGAUUUGUGGAUGACAUCAUAGAGCCUCGCACCACACGAAUGCGCAUUUGCCGGGAUCUUGACUUGCUUCAGCGUAAAAAGUUAACUAAUCCUUGGAAAAAGCAUGGAAACAUCCCUCUUUGAAAACAUCGUAAUGAGGAAGAAGAUAAAAUGUGUUGCUGUGAUUGCUUCCUUGUUAGUAUUGCUGGCUAAUAUUUUUUCAUCUUCCAAGUUCCCAUUGCUGUUAUGAGGAAUUAGGCCUACGGAUGGGGUAUUAUUCUCAUAAGAUUUUUCAUUGAUAUGUUUCUCUUUGUUUUUUUGUGUAUUUUAAUUGAUUUGUAGAAUCAUUAUAUUUGUAAUAUGUACACAUACCUCUUUCGGUGACUUCUGUUGCAAAAUGUUUUCAUAGUUCUUUCUCUAAACAUUCACUUUUUUUUACAGUCAUUUUUUUUAAGUUUGUAAAAUUAUAAAUAAAGAUAAGUUAAAUUGUCAUGUUAUUUCUGAUCCCAUUGCCUUCUAGAUUUAAAUAAAAGAUAUUGUGAAUGCUAUAUACCUAAACAUAGGUUUGCUGAGUAUUACUUUCAUUACCUUAUGAAAUAUUUUAUAAAGUAAUUAGAAAACAUGAAAAAUGUUAAACAUUUUUAAUUUGUGCAUUACUUUGUCCAAUAUUAAAACUGUAAAAUAUGAUUACUGAUUAAAGAAAAAAUAAUUAACUUUUUGUAUUUGAAAGUCAUAAAAGAAACCUGUGAAUAACAAAACUGUUUGCUCAUAAAAUCCUAAUUUUAUUUUUUUUUUAGCGAAAGUGGAAUAUUUAGUUUUCAAGUCCAUGAAUUUUGAGUCUCAUUUCGAAGUUUGUAUAUAAUGAUACAGUUGUUACUAUUAUCUUCCUUUCAAAACAAAUUUUUCUGCUCUCAGGUUUAUUCAGAAUUUUGGUACUUGGGUAUUUAAUUAUUUACAGUUUAUAUUACAUGUUAGAACAGUUGUCUUUGAUUCUCUACUAAAAAUAUUCAAUGAAUUAUGCUAUUGUGUGUUACCUUGUUAUUGAAAACAAUAGGUAAAUGUUGACUAAAACAGUGACAAUUGACUUUCUGUAAAAAAUAUUGUAUUGUUUACUUGCUUAUUAUUGAGUAAAAUAACCAGUAUUAAUUCUCAAACUA